GCCUUGGGCAGGCUGGGAAGUAAAGGCAGGUGCCUGGGCUGCUGUGGUCUAGAAGUGACCGAAAAUCAGGGCCCUGUGGCGGGCACGUAACCCACAAAGAGCGGGGCAGGAUGCCUGGGCAGGCAGGGAUCCCUGAAGGGUUUCAAAUACAAAUUCAACAAAACAGGAGCAGUUUGGAUGCUGCCUUGAGCACGAGGGUGGCCUGGGUGACCUUGGGCCCCCUUUGUGUCUGGGCUGUUGUGGAAUAGAAGUGUCCUGGUAUCUUUGGUGUAGCUCUGGGCCGUUAAAGUGGAUUUUUCUUCAGGUGUGUCACUGUGGGAGCAGUUGCAGGAUACCUCAUUCCACCAGGGCUCUGCCGGUCACCUUCUCAGUACGAGCUAAGCUUAAGGAAGAGGAGUUACCUCAACUGAAAUACAUUUAACUGGAGAAAACAUCACUGUCCAAACAGGACCAGCUCUAAGUGCCCCCGAGUUCUGCUGGUGGCAAUGUCUCACUGGGUCGGUCUCCUCUCCACUGCUGCCAAAGUCAACCUGCUGGUCUUGGUGGUUUCUGCAGUGUUUUCCCAGUCAAGCCUAAGCGACAGAGUUCCUGAGUUCGCCCUUACAAAAAUAGAAGAGAGUGACAUAAAAGAUGACAGUGGGAAAGAGCCGAUAACAGAAGAUGAUGCUGAUCCUGAAGACCUGGAAGUGUUUUACCCCACACAUCAGUGGCAAACCGUCCGUCCAGGUCAAGCUGUUCCUGCAGGGUCACACGUACGAUUAAAUCUGCAGACGGGAGACAGAGAAGCCAAGCUCCCAGACAGCGAGAAUGGAAGAAGUGACAUGAGAGAAGAGAGAAGAAGACAAAGGCUGGGCAAGGUGGAUGUCGACUCAAAUUCGUUCACAUCCCAGGAGCUCAAAAAAGCGUUGGCUAAGAUGAAGGAAACCGAGAAGGCAGAAAGGAAGGCCCACGAGGAAGAGGUGAGGAAGAAGUUCCGGCCCAUAGAGCAGCUGAAGGAGGAGUUUGAAAAGUUGAACGUGAAGAUGGAAACAGAUUAUGAAAUUAUGGUUAAAUUAAUCAGCAAAUUCAACAGCUCUGCCUCCACGCUGGAUGAAAAAGUAGCGGCGCUUUAUGAUCUUGAAUAUUAUGUUCACCAGGUGGACAACGCGAAGGACUUCCUCUCCAUGGGUGGACUCCAGCUUGUGAUCGACGGGCUGAACAGCACCGAGGCCGCGCUGAAGGAGCACGCUGCCUUCGUCCUGGGAUCCGCGCUGUCCAGCAACCCCAAAGUCCAGAUAGAAGCAAUCGAGGGGGGCGCGCUGCAGAAGCUCCUGGUUAUUCUGGCUACGGAACAACCCCUGCCUGUCAAGAAGAAGGCCCUCUUUGCGCUCUCCUCCAUGCUGAGACACUUCCCCUACGCCCAGCAGCAGUUCCUCAAGCUGGGCGGCCUCCAGGUGCUCAGGAGCCUCUUCAGGCAGAAGGGGAUGGAGACCCUCCAUGUCCGUGUGGUGACACUCCUCUACGACCUCAUCGUGGAGAAGAUGCUGCUUGAGGACUCGCAGCACGGAGACCAAACGGAAGAGAAAAUCCAGCAGUACCGGCAAGUCAAGCUGGUCCCGGCGGUGGUGGAGCAGGACUGGUGCGUGGUCGUUUCCAACCUCCUGGCCAUGCCGGAGCACGACACUCGGGAGAAGGUCCUCAAGACGGUGGGGGUGCUGAUGGCGUUCUGCAAGGAGCGCUUCCGGGGGGACCAGGCCCUCAGCACCACCCUCAGCCUCCUGCGCAGCGAGUACGAGGAGCUGGCGGCCGAGGAGCAGAGGGAAGGUGACAAAGACGGCUACUUCAAGGAACUCCUUGGCUCCGUAAAUACCAUCAUUCAGGAAUUAAGAUGAAAACAGCUGUAGAUUCGGUUCCAUUCCAGAUAAUUCAGGGCAACAGCGUGAGUUUUGAUGUCACCAAUGUAAGUGCACUUUUGAAUAAACUGCUGGACUAAGUGAGAUCCCACCACU